AAAGUGCAAAUGUAAGCGUAUAUACUUGAACGCAAUGCAUUAAAGUUUUUUCUGAGUGGAUAUAUCCGUUGUUUGUGGAUAAUAUAGUCUAAAGUCCUAACAAUGACAUGAGCAAAUAAGUUAAGGAAUUCAAUCACACAUACGUUAAAUUCAAUGAUGGUGCUAUAAUGGGUGGCUCAGUCGGGCAUCGUGGGGUUGGGGGAAUUUUCUCGCGCAGGAACAAAUGUUUAGUAGUGACUCUUAUUUUCACCAUAGCACUUUUAAUUUUCUUGAUGAACGCUGGAUUGUUCAGCAAUGUUUCUUCGUAUACAGGAGAACUUUGUAAAGUGGAUGAUAUUCCAUUACAGAAAAACUUAAACAAGAAAAAGUUUUCUGGCAACUGGUUUGUUAGCAAUAUAAAGGGAUUGGACAAUAAAUUGCUUGCGACAAUGAUGGACUUUUCUGAUGUGAAAAUAAAUUUCGUGUACAAAGACGAAAACAACUAUGAUAUAAGAUCAGUUGGCGGGAAAAUGUACGGCUGGUGGUGUCCUAUAGGUGAAGGUCACGUGCCAACCAAAGACAACAACUCUCCACAGAAAAUGCAGAUCUUUUUCGAUACUUCGACAGGGAAGAAAUUCGGUACGAAGGAUUUAUGGGUGGUGAAAACAGAUUACACAAGUUACACCAUACUGUAUUCGUGUUGGGACGUAACGUCAGACGGAAGGUGUGAAGCGAAAGGUGCCUAUUUAGCGGUCUUGAAAAGAAAUACGGAUCCACUACCUCAGAGCGUUUUGGACGAAAUUAAUUCCACCGUACAAAAAUGUUGUAUUAACCCUGGUUCAUUACGCGUGGUUCGGCACGAUGGAUACUGCAAGAAAGAACACGUGGAAAUAAGUUGAUAUUCUAACCAGGGAUAUAUAUUAUAUAUCUUGUUUUUGUGAUUGUUUUUGCUUAGUAUCAAAAGUUUAAUUUUUAAUUAUUAACUUCCAAGAUCUCCAAAUGAACUGUGUAUGCUUAUUAAGUUGUUUUACUAUAUAAACUAUAAUUAUACACCUAUACAAUUGUAAGACUAUGAAAAGUAUAUACACCGAUAUAAUUACUUUACGUGUUCUAUGAAAAGUGUAUACACCUUUACAAUUGUAUUACUAUGAGGACUAUAAUAUACACCCAUACAUUUGUGUUUCUAUGAGAACUCUGUAUAAAUUUAUAAAAUUUUAAAUGUGGUGAUAAGUCAUAUUUGCACGAAUGUAUAAUGCUUUUUCACAAUCUUGUCGCCAUUCGACACAGCUUAAGGAUGAUGGCCGUCUCAGUCGAGACUGAGUCAAUUUUCGGGGUUAUUCGUUACGUCAUGUACCCAGAGCCAAGGGGACGAGCAAAGAACCUAGCUGGCUUCCAUUUAACCUUGCUGCCCUAUUUUUUCUCUCUUCUCGGUUGUGUAACGUUGAUGAUAAAUAAGUUCCUUAAAAUUUCUAAAUUCCUCUUAAAGCUUAAGUUCGGUCUACACAAAAUGAAGUCAAUGGGCGGGUAUACCUUUAGCAACCCUAACACCACCCAUCCCCCACACCGAUUGUCGGUACCCACUCUCAGAAAGGAUCCAGAUUUUGUUUGCAUGUGUCAUAUAUUUGCCUUAUCAAUGCAACAUUUCUUUACAAGGUACAAUUAUGUGUGUGCUCAUAUGAUGAACUAUUGGCCAUCAACAAUGUAAAUACUGCUGUAGUAUUUACAUUAUUAAUGUGCGAUGACAUACUAGCACACUUAUGUAUACAUAAUGCUGAUUAAAAUUUGUUAAACAAUGAUUUUAUCAAACGCUCGUUGAUUAUCAGUGCGCUGCAUUCGACUCACGCAGAUAACAAACACCAUAUGAUGAUAAAGAUUUUUGUAAGUGCUCUGUCCCUCAUUCAAUGUCUGUGGUGUUUUGUGUUGUGUCCCUCCUUCGACGACUGUGGUGUUUGUAAGUGUUGAGUUCCUCGUUCAAUGUCUGUGGUGUUUUGUACGUGUUGAGUUCCUCGUUCAAUGUCUGUGAUGUGUUGUAAGUGUUGUGUCCCUCGUUCAAUGCAUGUAGUGUGUUGUAAGUGUUGUGUUCCUCGUUCAAUGUCUGUGUUGUUUUGUAAGUGUUGUGUUCCUCGUUCAAUGGCUGUGUUGUUUUGUAAGUGUUGUGUUCCUCGUUCAAUGUCUGUGUUGUUUUGUAAGUGUUGUGUUCCUCGUUCAAUGUCUGUGAUGUUUUGUAAGUGUUGUGUCCCUCGUUCAAUGUCUGUAGGUGUUUUGUAAGUGCUUUGUCCUUCGUUCAAUGUCUGUUGUGUGUUGUAAGUGUUGUGUACUUCGUUCAAUGACUGUGGUGUUUUGUAAGUGCUGUGUUCCUCGUUCAAUGCCUGGGAUGUUUUGUAUGUGCUGUGCCCCUCGUUCAAUGCCUGGGAUGUUUUGUAGGUGUUGUGCCCUUCGUUCAAUGCCUGUAUGUGUUUAGUAAGUGUUGUGCCUCUCGUUCGAUGCCUGGGAUGUUUUGUAUGUGUUGUGCCCCUCGUACAAUGCCUGGGAUGUUUUGUAUGUGUUGUGCCCCUCGUUCAAUGCCUGGGAUGUUUUGUAUGUGUUGUGCCCCUCGUUUAAUGCCUGGGAUGUUUUGUAUGUGUUGUGCCCCUCGUUCAAUGCCUGGGAUGUUUUGUAUGUGUUGUGCCCCUCGUUUAAUGCCUGGGAUGUUUUGUAUGUGUUGUGCCUCUCGUUUAAUGCCUGGGAUAUUUUGUAUGUGUUGUGCCCCUCGUUCAAUGCCUUGGAUGUUUUGUAUGUGUUGUGCCCCUCGUUUAAUGCCUGGGAUGUUUUGUAUGUGUUGUGCCUCUCGUUCAAUGCCUGGGAUGUUUUGUAUGUGUUGUGCCCCUCGUUCAAUGCCUUGGAUGUUUUGUAUAUGUUGUGCCCCUCGUUCAAUGCCUGGGAUGUUUUGUAUGUGUUGUGCCCCUCGUUUAAUGCCUGGGAUGUUUUGUAUGUGUUGUGCCCCUCGUUCAAUGCCUGGGAUGUUUUGUAUGUGUUGUGCCCCUCGUUCAAUGCCUGGGCUGUUUUGUAUGUGUUGUGCCCCUCGUUCAAUGCCUCGGAUGUUUUGAAUGUGUUGUGCCCCUUGUUCAAUGCCUAUAGGUGUUUUGUAUGUGUUGUGCCCCUCGUUCGAUGUCUAUAGGUGUUUUGUACGUAUUGUAUAUUACAGAGAAAACAUUUAAAGAUUUUAACCCUAGUUCGGUCGAAAUAACAAACAAUAAAGAUAUUCUGUAAUA